CAAAUGAACUUGUCGGCUGGUGUAGAACCGUGUAGAACUUUGGUGACAUAGGAGACGGUUUCGCACCCAGGAGGUAGGCAAUCCAAUAGGCAUUAGCAGUGCCCCCAAGUGGCGGCCGUCGCAAGCAGGGACACAACAUGCCACUCUAGCAGACGCAAACUAAACGCUUGGGCUAGCGGGCGGACUUGACGAGCAUACGCUGAAAACGCCUUCAUUCUCACUUUCUAAACAUAACUCUAUAAGUGUAUAAUAUAGAAAUAUAUCAUCUACCCUGGUUAGAAAAGCUACGGCCAGCUCCUUUUUUUUUUCUUUUUUCUAUCCAACCCAAAAUCCUAAGAGCACGAUCAAGCUGCAGAAAUGUUACCUCGUCAGGAACGGGCCUGUACGAACGAGUCCUCAACUUUGGAGAGUGGAGCAGCUCAUGAUGAGCAGCUGGAUGAAGUGACGCUGACGUCGCUGCCGGACCUGCCACUGCUCAAGGUGUUGUCCUAUGUCCCCGCCGAGGACCUGGUCGCCGUCGGGCGGGUCUGCACCCGGCUGUGCGCGCUGACGCGGGGGCACUGGUCGUUGUGGGGGAACAAGUCUGCCGGCUUGGAAGACUCCGACAGACUACUAGACCUGCUCGCGGACCUCCUGCUGGUCACCCCACAAUACGACGUCGUCUUGGAACUUGUUGCCUCUCCCCGCUUAACGCAUAAUCAAAGCCGAGACAGGCUCGAUUUUUUCAUCUCCAACCCGAUGUCCCUCAUGGCGACCAACGGGACACCAGUCAUAACGUUGGCUUUGUGGUUCGUGUUCACUGAGGACUUGGCCGAGGACGACACGGUCGCAAGGGUGGUCCGUGAACUAGGCCCGCGUACGAAGCACGCUCGUAUCAAUUGCAAAACUUCCGAUAUGGAAUUGAUUUGUGAGAGCUUGCAGAGUGCCAUCUCUAUGGAAACUUUAAGUUUGACUUGGAUGUGGCCCAGAAACUUUGCAGCACCGUUCACAGGAUUUAGCAGCUGCAAAAACUGGCCGCAGUCGCUGCCUAGCCUGCACACCAUUGAGGUCACGUUCUGGGACCAAGAUUACCCAGACUUGUGGAUUUCAUCAUACGAAUACUCUCAGGCUGGCCAGGAGCCCUCUUGCUUGCAGGCACUGCUCUUGGGAGCUCAUAGUGAGCUGCGCUGCGUACAGCUGGUCUCGCCGGCUGUGAUGCCGCUGCUGGACUCCUGCCCAGCGAGCCUCCAGCGGCUGACUGUCUCCGCUGCGCCAGGGAUGGCCCCGAAGCUCCGGCGGCUUCGCGAGCUGCAGGAGCUGACGUUCAUCGGCGCAUACUGCAAUGCCAACACCGCCGAAAUAGCGGACGCGUUGAGGACCUGGCACGGGCCGCUGCUCAAGCUGACGCUGCCGUCGUGCAUGGGCUGCCGCGAGGAGGAGGUGACGCUGGUGCGGGCCUUGGGCGCGGGCGCCCUGGCUAGCCUGACGCACCUCAACCUCCGCGUCCUAGAGGAGGCUGGCCUGCGCGCCCUGGCCGCGGCGCUGCCCGCCCUGCCCAGCCUGGUCUCGCUGACCCUGACUAUCGCGCCGGCGUGGAAGCGACUGCUACACGACUUGUUCUCCGGCGCCAGCCCCACCCUCUGUGAGAGCCUGCUCCUUUUCGACUACCUGCUCAGCCCCGGGUUUACGACAUCCGAGCUCCACUCGGAUCUCCCGAACUUGGUGCGCCGCGCCCCGAUGUCGGUGUCGCUGCACGUGAAAGUCGACGCGCGGCCCCUGGAGCAGCCUGAUGGGUUCUGUAGUGUGUGCAACGCCGAGCCCCCAUCCGCGCACUCCAUCUUAUUCGGCAGGCACGACGCCGCCGAGGAAGAGUCCUGUCUGGUGUGCGCUGCUGUGCGCCUGCGCGGUGGCUUCCCCUUCCUUUGGACCGACACAUCAAUGCACUACGUGUGCGUGGGGCAGUGGGGGCAGCCUAAAUCUACCUAAGUGCAUGAGACUGUUGUGUGUGUUGAACCAUGACUGCAACCAUUGAUAUUUUCGCAAUCCAUAAGCCAUUACUCGUUUGUGUACUGUUUUUACUAUUUAAUUUUCCUGUAUGAAACGUUUGUCUUUAGUUAGCAUAUUGCAUGUAAAUGAGAACAAUUUUUAUAAAAGCAACUUGAAGAGU